AUGCAACAAAAACUCAGAAGUUUCGCGAAAGAAGAACAACAAAAUUAUUCAAAUGUAGUAAAUGUAGUAGACGAUGAUGAUGUAAUAGUAAUUGAUCAUGAAGAUGUUGAUGAACAGAAUGUUAUGGAAAAUUCCUCUUCGGAACAAGUAACAAAAAACAACAUCAAGAAAACAUUUAAUCAUACAACAAGAAUACAAGAACAUAUUUUGGAUUUACUGGAACAAGUUUCCGUCUUUCCAGAAAUUGAUACAAACCAUCUACCUAUUACUCGGACUCACGUUGUUUGUGCAAAUUGUAAGAGAGAAAUUGGCCAUUCAGGCUAUGCUCCUCAUCUGGAACGAUGUUUAAAUAUGAGAGGAAGUAGAAGAGCUGCAGCUGCAGCAUCAAGUGGUGGAAGAAGUAGAGCUAUAGUUGACUAUUCGGAAGAUGCACUAUUUGGAGAGGAAGAAGAGGAGGAAUAUAAAUUCUCAGAUGAAGAGGAAGACAAUUCCUAUGAAACCACUUCGUUGGAUCAAAAACCUAAAAAACAAACCUCUAAGAAGAAUGGUUCCAAUUCUUCAAGUGCUCCAAAAAAGAGGAAAAAGAGAGGAUUUCAUGAUAGUGAAGAUGAUGAGGAUUAUGAAGAUGAGCAAGAAGAGGAAGAGGACUUUUCCGACGAGUCAUCCGAACAAGAACCAGAGGAGCCUGAAUAUGAAAGUGAUGAAAAACCAAAGAAGAGAACAAGAAGAAAGGGUCCAACAAAAAAAAGUCCACCAAAAGCAGCCAAACCAAAUUUUGAUGAUUCGGAUGAAGACUUGGAUAUGAUAAAUUUAAUGACAAGUAGUAGUAGUUCGGGAGAGGAAGAGGAUUCACUUUCUGUAUCAUCUUCAGAGAAUUUGCUGCAAUAUAUUGCUGAUUCAUCAAGUUCCAGUGGUUCUCCACCAAAGGAUUAA